UUUCAGCACUGUUCCUAUCAUUCUAUUAUUGGUGGAGUUAGAAAUGAUCCAUAAAAGAUUUGGAAAAGGGCUGGGCUUUGGCAGAAGCGACGGUUGUUUUGAUACGACCGACAUAUUUCACAACUAAUUGAUGCCACCCAUUCCAAAAUAGCCAUCCCAACCAGCAGGCCAGCAACCUCUGUCUCUGUGUUUUAUCUCCAACCUUCACGGCCCCCGCCAGAUUUGGCACCCAACCUCUGACCUAAUUAAUUGUCUGCAGAAAUUAGUUUAUUUCAUCCUGUCGUUCAAGGUACGUUGACAGAACCCAUUUACCAAUCAGAACGUAUAAUGCGUACGCCCAUCAUGUGUGCACAUGCAUGCAUAUGUGAAAAAGCAUAAACUAGUCCUCCUCCGUUUUCAUCUUCUCUCUCCUUUCCAAACGCUCCUCCCCCCUUUCAAUCAAAAUAUUCUAAAUGGCCGGCAGCGCUAGUGUUGCCAUCCCAAUUGCCAUCGUCGCUCUCGGGGCGCUGGUCUCCGCCUUCCUCAUAAUCCUGCACAGCCGAUCUCCGUCGCAAGAAUCAUCGUCAAUAUCGACACCUGAAAACGUCACGCACCCAGUCUACAUAAGCUUGCACCAAGCAUGCGGAGCAACAAGACACCCUCAAACAUGCGAAUCCACGCUGUCUUCGCCGCCCAACCAGGCUUCUGCGAAUGCCCAGUACGACGCCGUUGGAAUGCUGCAAUACGCCACAAAAGUCGUCGCCGGUGAGCUGAAAGUCGCCCGGAACACCGUGAGCCAUAUCGCGGACACCGUCGUAGACAACCAAAACGUGUCGAGGGCGGCCAAGAUCUGCGUGGAGCUGCUGGAGAACGCGGCCUACCGCAUGUCGUCGACGUCGGAGGCUUUGCCACGUGGAGAAAUCAAGGACGCCAGGGCCUGGAUGAGCGCUGCCUUGGUGUACGAGUCCGCGUGCAUGUCCGGCUUGAACAAGACCGCCAAUAAGCUUCCGUGGGCCAACGUAACAGUCACGUCUUUGGAGUCCCUGCUCAAUCUCACCAGCGACGCGUUGAGCAUGAUGGUCUCGUACGACGUUUUCGGGAACGAUACCCGGUUGUGGAGCCCGCCCCGCACCGAGAGGGACGGGUUCUGGGAACAUGUGAACGGGUCGGGUCAGGAGUUUGACUGGAAGUUUCCGGCUGGCUUGAUGGCGGAUGUGACGGUGUGCAAUGGCGGGGCUGAAAAUGUAAAUUGCGACUUUAAGAAGGUGCAGGAAGCGGUGAAUGCGGCGCCUGACAAGGACGGUGGGCGGAGGUUUGUGAUAAGUAUAAAGGAAGGGGUGUACAAUGAGACGGUUCGGGUUCCAUUGCAGAAGAAGAAUGUGGUGUUUCUGGGUGAUGGCAUGGGCAAAACCGUCAUUACAGGGUCUUUAAACGUGGGACAACCAGGGAUGACCACUUAUGACUCAGCUACUGUGGGAGUGAUUGGGGAUGGAUUCAUGGCCAGGGACCUGACGAUCGAGAAUACGGCAGGCCCCGACGCCCACCAAGCACUCGCAUUCCGGUCAGACAGUGACCGAUCCAUCCUCCAAAACUGCGAGUUCCUCGGCAACCAAGACACCCUCUGCGCCAAUACCCUCCGCCAGUUCUAUCGCUCCUGCCGCGUGCAAGGCAACGUCGACUUCGUCUUCGGAUUCUCCGCCGCCGUCUUCCAGGACUGCCUCGUCCUGGUCUCCUCCCGCGGAGCUGUCGCCUCCAACAACAACGUCGUCUCCGCCCACGGCCGCUUCGACCCUGCCCAGUCCACCGGCUUCGUCUUCGUAAACUGCACCGUUAAUGGCACCGAUGACUACAUCGCGUUGUGCAAAGACAAUCCCAAGAACUGCGUCAACUAUCUGGGGAGGCCGUGGAAGCAGUAUUCGAGGACCGUUUUUGUACGCAGUCUGUUGGGCUCUCUGGUCGCGCCCCAAGGGUGGAUGCCCUGGGACGGGGACUUUGCGUUGUCGACGCUUUAUUACGGGGAAUUCGAGAACUCCGGGCCUGGAUCGGAUCUGUCCCAGAGAGAAAAAUGGAGUAGUGAAAUCCCAGCGGAUCAUGUAGGGACCUACUCAGUGCAAAAUUUUAUUCAGGGUGAUAAGUGGAUCCCAACGUCAUUUUAAUUAAUGGUAGCUCAAUUAGCAGGCUUCAACCGAAUUUCCUCUGCAUUUGCAAGACUGACAACGCUAUUUGAUUUGAUGAUCCUCUUGUUCUCGGAUGGCAGUGGGUGAAUUAUUUUAUUUAUAUUUCUUAACAUUUCAUUGUUGGCAAAUACAUGCAGCUAAAGUUGAUUAGAAAGAAAAAGAAAGUACAUGUAAAGAUGUAAUCUUCCAGUUCAUAUUUUAGUAACAUUUUAGUGUUUGGUAAAUU